CCCGCCCCGGCCCCCGCCACGGGAGCCUGCGACACCAUCCCCACCACAGCAAGGUUGCUUGGGAACCGUAGCCAGAAUGCGGUGGAGACGACACCGACGUCGCAGCCGGGCUUUGCCGUGGAAUCCAAGGAAGCACAAAAACUAGUGCCUUCCGUCCCGAAUCGUUCCCCUGCGCCCCCAGAAUUAGACUGGGACGGAGCGGAGAACGCAACCCGAACGUGAUUCGUCAGUGGCAAGCAACCACUGGCGAACUAGGUUCCUCCGGAUCAAAAAAAAGGAAAAGAAACUCUGCACAAAGUCCUCCCUGCUACUUCUAUGGAUUGCAGCAAAGACGAGUUUCUUUCACAGGCGGAAUCGAGGACCGAGAACGGGAUCAGAAAUUCGAAAGAGGAACGAACGAAAUCUUUACAGGCAGAGGAGCUGGGGCGGGAGGGAUGGUCCGUUGUUUUUCUCUGAGAAGGAAUGAGGAAAACAACGGAUUUGUUUUGGCUAAUUUCUUAUUGAAUGUAUUUUCGACUAUUGUAAUUUACUAAUUUAUCUACUGUUAUUGGCUCAUUUUGUUACUGCAUAUGCAGCCUCACCGUUGCCAUGGACGGCGAUGCCUUCGACCUCAACUCGCAGGCGCCGGAGACUGAUGGUUUCUCGGGGCUUCAGCUGUACGGCAACAUCCUGUCCGAGUCUGAUGGUCUGUUCGAUGGUCGUGCCAGCGGCUCUGUGCUUCCUCCGUAUCGCCCACCGUGUGCCGGAGGCGGUGACGCGCGGGCAGCUACAGCGGCACCCUACGCUCGGCAGCUGCUCUUCGACGGCUCCACCUCGGCGGCAGGCAACACAGUUCGUCAGCGGGCGAACUCGGCCGCAGCAGCACCCGUCCGUCGUCAACAGCUCAACAACACAGCGCGUCGUCGCACCAACAGCCAAGGCGCACCGCGUCCGCCACCACCGAGGGCACAGAGGGCUCCGAGGACACAGAGGGCACCCAGGAGUGCAGUCCGUGGGCAAGCAUCCGGCUCCGGCGCUCCCUUCAACAACGAUGAAGCAAUGGAGGAUCACGUGGAGGACUUAGCUAGCUCCGGAGGUCCCCCGGAAGAUGAUGAUGGCAUCAUGUAUGAGGAAGAAGAAGCCGAUGGAGGCAGCUCAAGUGAGGAUGAAGUUAUAUCCAGGUGUCGCAACAAUUUGGUGCAACAACAAAAAAUGAUUGUGCAGUUGGUUCCUAUCUUGGGUAUGUACUCUGAUAACUACUUCCUGAAACUACCUAAGAGGGUCGCUGGGGAUUCUGGUUUGGAAUGGGUGCAAGAGACACUAGCAAGAGAUACCCAAUGUUACAACAUGUUUAGGGUUGAGAGGCCUUUAUUUUAUAGACUGCAUAAUACUUUGGUCCGUAGAUAUGGGUUGAAAUCCACUAAAAAAUUGACAUCUGUAGAGGCUCUUGCUAUGUUUUUAUGGAUUGUUGGAGGCUCACAGGCAGUUAGACAGGCUGACAACCGUUUUAGGAGGUCUCUGGAGACAGUAAGUAGGACAUUUAGCAGAGUUUUGACAUGUCUCCUGAAGUUAGCACAUGACAACAUUGCACCCAAGGACCCAACAUUUGCAGAGAUGCACCCAAAUUUAGAGAAUCCAGCAUUUUGGCCAAACUUCAACGAUUGCAUAGGAGCUAUCGAUGGGACACAUAUCAAGGUUGUGGUUGAUAAGAGUAAGAGGAUUCCAUAUUUGAACAGGCACAAUGAGACCAGUCAAAAUGUGCUUGCUGUUUGUGAUUUUGACAUGAGAUUUACCUUUGUGUUGUCGGGAUGGCCUGGUUCAGCACAUGACAUGAGAGUUUUCAAAGAUGCCAUAACUACUCAUCACCACAAAUUUCCACAUCCACCACCAGGCAAGUAUUAUGUGGUUGAUGCGGGUUACCCAAAUCGUCCGGGAUACCUUUCACCAUACCGGUGUACAAGGUACCAUGUCGAGCAAUGGCAUAACGGCCCACCGCCCCAAGGUAUGAAAGAAGUCUUCAACCAUGCACAUGCCAAAGUUAGAAAUGUGAUAGAAAGAAGUUUUGGAGUGUUGAAGAUGAAGUUUAGGAUUUUGUUGAACAUGCAAAGAUUUCCAGAGGACAAGCAAACUAGAAUUAUUGUUGCAUGUAUGGCUCUUCACAAUUUUAUUCGAGAGAGUAGAAUUGCGGAUCGAGAAUUCGAAGCAUGUGAUGCCGAUGAAAAUUAUAACCCAAUGCCUAGUUCUGCAGCAUCAACAUGGCCAGAAGACGAACCUCUUGUUGAAGAUGUCAACAUGAAUGCCUUCCGUGAUGACUUAGCUCAUGCUUUGUUUCAUGAAGUGUAAUUGUUUUUAAUAUUGAUUAAGGACUUGUUGUGAUUUGGAUGUUUGAUUUGUGAAAAAAAAAUUAUUUGUGUUAUUUGUGUGUGGGAGAAGCCACACAAGAGUUUGCCACACUAAAUCCGGAUAAGGAAAGGUUUAAAUGAGACAAAUAAUUAUAAAAUAGCAUUUAUUGUAAACUAGCCUUUGGAUCCAAACACGUAGAGGGCUAGAGCUAGUUUGGGCUAGAGUUAGAGCUAGAAACUAGCUCUAGCUCUAGCCGGGUUUGAAGGAUCCAAACAGGGAGCAUGUACCCUUAGACUAUGGAUCAGGUUUCCAACCAUAAGAGACAGGUAAGAGACUGCACGAUACAAUCCUAAGUCUCUAGAUUAUAAAUGUAGUUAAGAGACAUGGAGAAUC